UCUCAGCCCCGUGUCCCCCGUCUGUCACACUAACCUGCAUGAUCCGACGACAGCGAUCUCUGACGGGAACUACCAAGUAUGUCUUAAUUCGUUAGUGUUUAUAAACACCACAUCCUUUCCAGGUAUCAUAUUGUUGAAAUUUUUCGGACAGUGCUGUUAGGUUGUUCGAUUUGGAAUUUUCACAACAGUUCUCUCAGAAGGAUGUCGUCGACAAGCCUGGUGUCACUGCUGCUCUGUUUCCUCAGCAUCGUUGAAAUCCCGGGACAAGGAAUUGGUAACUUUGACUUUGGGCAAGAACUGAUCUUAUCGGGCCAUGAGGGUGGCCAUUUCAUUGACAGUGGAUUCGGAGGGGGCGAAAUUCUACCCCAGGGGAACUUCAUGAUACAAUCUGGGGGUAAUGCAUACAAUACACGGGCGGGUCGAACCGGGUUGUCCGCGCCACUACCAACCACAAGGACAAUCAGGAGAGUCUCAAGGACGUCCAGAACGUCCUACCCCGCAGGGGCUGGGGGGACAAGUAUAAUUCAACGUUCUGGGAAUUCCCAGGUUGGUGCUGGUGGUCUGGACCUCACCGGACUCCUCCAGAGUAUGAUGUCCACCCCGGGACAGAGAAGUUUCAGCUGGACCAUCCGGCGACAGCCUCAGAGGACCACUCAACGGAGGCAACAGGUUCGUCGGCAAAGAAUCCCGGAUGUGUUUCAAUCCUUUGGAAGUCAGUUUGGUUUAAAUGGCAUGGACUUCGUCAGCGAAAAUCCGAGAACCAGUAUUCAACGCAGAAUCAACCCGCCUCGCAACGUCAUUCCUGCCCUGCCGACGACUUCCGGUGCGGGAGGCGCCUCGGCCGGAUAUGGUCUGACGUCCAGACACGUCCAGCAGAUGCUCACUGCCCACAACAACGCUCGACGGGAACUUGGAGCUGCCGACAUGCACCUCAUGCGGUGGGACAAGCAGUUGGCGAGUGAGGCAAACUCGUGGAUACAGCGCUGUGUGAUGGAGCACCAACAAGGAGGACGGGGGGAGAACCUCGCCAUGGUAGGAGGGUCACUCAUGAACAUCGACAGCCUCGUCGACUACGGCAUCAACGGCUGGUACAACGAGAAAAACAGCUGGCGACACGGGGACGAGUUCUCGGCUGCCACUGGCCACUAUACACAGAUGAUCUGGUCCAGCACGACGAACGUGGGAUGUGCCGCCAAACGCUGCCCCGAUAUGUAUCUCCUUGCCUGCUUCUACUCUCCGCCGGGCAACGUCAUGGGCUUCAACCCCUACACCCACGGCGCGCCGUGCUCGAUGUGUCGAGGUAGCUGCCAGAAUCAGCUGUGUGUGUGAGGCACCAUCAGCAUCGCUGCUGCUGACAUCGGCCUGGUUUUGCACACGAUUUAUUACAAUGCUGAUUUAUGGCACAGACAGUGGCCAUGGGCAUCUCGAAAACCAGGACUCUUUGCAAACAUCUUCUGGCUGGAAACUUCGCCUCAGGCGCUCUCAUUGCCACCAUUACGGCAACGACCAUAUGAAACUAACAAAGCUCAAUAAAUAUAUUGAAUGCCA